GCCCUGUCUUGCGGCCAGAAGCACCGUGACCCGUUUCUGACCGAUGUCACCAGAAGUUGGCCAGAGGACGGGGCUGCUGGGAAGUCUGUCCCUGACAGUGAGGCGGUGCUGUGCGCCUGCCCCUUCCCUGUCACCAGCAGAUGGACGCCUUUGAGUGUGGCCGCCAUAUUGCAACCAUGAGUGACAAGGACAGGGACAUGAAAGCCAGGGUGCUGAGGCUGCAGAACAAGAAGGACGGGUGUUCCGAUGAUGCCACCUUGCUGCCGGACCCGCCUAGAGGGCCCGACUCCAGACCACCAGCUGAGAAGUUAAUGCCCUUAGGGGCGCCUGGAGGGCUCAGUCUGUAGAGCGUUGGACCCUUGAUCUCCGCUCAGAUCAUGAUGUCACAGUUGAAAACAACUUCCUUAACUUGAAAAAGAAAAAGACUUCUAAAAACCUACAGUUCGCAUGUGUCAGGACGCCCUCCUCGCAAAGACGGGAAUGGAGCGGGCCAGUCGUCCCGGCAACGCUGCGGUCCUGGCCAGAAAAUAAAGGAAGCAGUAAGGUGGGAAAGGAAAAGAUUAAUUAUGUGACGCUGUAAAACUGCCAACGUGGAAAAUCUCGCAGACAGUAAGCAAACGGGAGAGUCAGGGACGUCCCCGGACACAAGAAACACAAAUGCCAACGGCUCUUCUCGCGCGGGUGGCCCCCAUGCCUCUCCUGCUGCUGCUGCUGCUGCUGCUGCUGCCGCGCCCUUCACACCCCCAUCCCUGCGAGGUCUCCAAGGUGACUAGCCAGCUGGAAGUGAACUGUGACAAGCUGGGUCUCAAGGCGCUGCCUCCGGACCUGCAGCACGACACGGCCAUCCUCCACCUGAGCGAGAACCCGCUGGGCACCUUCUCCACAGGCUCCCUGGUGCAUCUGGCCCGGCUCGUCCAGCUGCACCUGAGCCGGAGCCAGCUGACCCAGCUGCUAAUCGACGGGCCGCUGCCCCGGCUGGAGACCCUGGACGUGUCCCACAACCAGCUGAGAAGCCUGCCCCCGCUGGGCCAGGCGCUGCCCGCGCUCGUCACCCUCGAUGCGUCCUUCAACGAGCUGACCUCGCUGCCCCGCACCGCCCUGGACGGCCUGAGCCAACUCCAAGAACUCUCCCUGCGCGGCAAUAAGCUGAAGACUCUGCCGCCGGAGCUGCUGGCGCCCACCGCCCUGCUGACGACCCUCAACCUGGCGGACAACAGGCUGAGCGAGCUGCCCCUCGGGCUCCUGGAUGGCCUGGAGGAGCUCAGCACCCUCUACCUGCAGGGGAACUGGCUGCGCACCCUCCCCAACAACUUCUUUGGGAACCUCUCCGUGCCCUUCAACUUCCUGCACAGCAACCCCUGGUCCUGUGACUGCGGGAUCCUCUACUUCGCUUGCUGGCUCCGGAACAACUCCUAUAAUGUCUACUUGUGGAAGGAGGGCGUGGACGUCACGGCCAUGACGCCCAACGUGGAAAGCGUUCGGUGCGCCAGCCCGGCCAACAUGCCUGUCUACGCCUUCGAGGGGAAGGGCUGCGCCCCCCUCAGGGAUGCGAACACAGUCCAUGACAAGUAUGAAAAAGCAGACCACAAGGAGGUGACGUCUACCACCACCCAAGCCCCUGCAACCCGCAGGCCCCCGCUCCACUCAGAAUCCGUUUCUCCACACAGCCAAACACCCUACCUGACUUCAACUGGAGAGUCUACUGAGGAAGAGGGUACAUCUCCCACCACCCCGUCUACCAUCUCCACCACCCCGGAGCCCAGCACACUCCCUACCAGGGUUCCCACCACAACCUCUACCAUCCCCACCACCCCGGAGCCCCCUGUGCCCCCCACCACCCCGGAGCCCACUACGCCCCCCACCACCCCGGAGCCCACUACGCCCCCCACCACAACCUCUACCAUCCCCACCACCCCGGAGCCCACCACCAUCUCUGAAAUAACCACGUCCUUAACCACCCCCGAACCCACCUUGUUCCUUACUACCUCAGAACGCACCACAACUACCCUCUCUGAAUCUGCCCAUCUCCCAGAGUCCCAAGCGGCAGCUCGGGAUGGAGACGGCCCCAGACACGAGCCCUCGCUCCACCCUGACAUGUGCUGCCUCCUCCCGCUGGGCUUCUACCUCUUGGGUCUCCUCUGGCUCCUAUUAGCCUCCGUGGUCCUGAUCCUGCUGCUGACCUGGGCCCCGCGCGCAGCCACGCACACCACACAUCUGGAGCUACAGAGGGGAAUGCAGGUGACUGUGCACCGGGCCUGGCUUCUCCUCCUCGGGGGCUCACUGCCCACGUUCCGCUCCAGCCUCUUCCUGUGGGUGCGGGCUAACGGCCGCGUGGGGCCUCUGGUGGCCGGGCGGCGGCCCUCGGCCGUGAGUCUGGGUCGUGGCCAGGACCUGCUAGGCACUGUGGGCAUUAGGUACUCCGGCCACAGCCUCUGAGACUGGGGGGCCUGGGGGCCUUGAGAGACUGUGCUGGCUUUCACCUCGGGAUCUAGCUGGGGGGCGGGGGUGCUUCAUUACUUUUCCU